ACUCGUGUACUUCCCAUCGCUUCUGCCACGCAGGCACACUGAAGUUAACCCUCCACGAGUGGGUGGGUAGCAUCAGCCGGAGAAAGUCUGAUAGCCACGUAGCUAUAGCUACAAGCGUUAGCUGCACAGGCUAACGUCAGCAAACGUUACGAUGGACUUGAAUCAUGGAUAUCGAGCAACUAAGCCCAGAGCUCGAGCAGCUCCCCCCUCAUCAGAAUCGGUUUUGUUUGACGACACCAGCUCAGCACCACCAGCGGUGAAUAGUCAAGGCUAUUACACUCCUGGGUACAACAUGGGCGCACCCUCAAAUGACAUGCAAGGAGGGGCUGGCGUGAACAACCUGUUUACUGACCCAAUGGCCAACGCUGCAAUGAUGUAUGGCUCCUCCUUAGCCAACCAAGGGAAGGAUAUGGUAAACAAAGAGAUCAGCAGAUUCAUGUCUGUGAACAAGCUGAAAUACUUCUUUGCGGUCGACACCAGAUAUGUGCUGAAGAAACUUAUGAUCCUUAUGUUCCCUUAUACACAUCAGGACUGGGAAGUCCGUUACCAUCGGGACACUCCUUUGACUCCAAGGCAGGAUGUGAAUGCGCCUGAUCUUUACAUACCAACUAUGGCUUUCAUUACCUACAUUUUACUUGCUGGAAUGGCUCUUGGCAUCCAGAAAAGGUUCAGUCCAGAGGUUCUCGGCCUGUGUGCCAGCACUGCCCUCGUGUGGAUCAUCAUUGAGGUCUUGGUGAUGUUGUUGAGUCUGUAUCUGCUGACAGUGCACAGUGACCUCUCAACCUUUGAUCUCAUCGCCUACAGUGGAUACAAAUAUGUUGGGAUGAUCUUCACAGUGUUGUCUGGCUUGCUGUUUGGAAGUGAUGGUUACUUUGUGGCCCUUGCCUGGUGCUCCUGUGCCCUUAUGUUCUUCAUCGUCCGUUCUCUGAAAAUGAAGAUCCUUCCAUCCCUCUCCUCGGACUCCAUGGGAAUGGGUUCAAGUGCCAAACCUCAGCUCCGCCUUUAUAUCACGGUGGCAACUGCAAUCUUUCAGCCAAUCAUUAUAUACUGGUUAACCUCUCACUUGGUCAGGUGACUGUGAGGCAGUGACCUCAUGUCCAAGUCUACUGGACCCAAAUCUUUUGUGGUUGUUGAGUGUUUGUACACCUGCCUUUAUACGCUCUUUUGUCAUUAACAUUUGUAGACUGUGUUGAGCUUAAGCAUGCGGUGAGCUUGUCAGUUGGACAUGUUCAUUCUGAAACGGUGUCACCGACUUCACCAGAAAGCGUGACUGUACAGUAACAUCGAUAAAUGCUUCUUUUUGGCUACCUAACUUUGAACACAAGGGCUUUGAUCGAAAGAUUUGUUUAAUCAGAACUGAUAUGGUUCAAGUUUCCUUUUAUAUAAUGUCUCUGGACAUACUUUCCAGUAUUUACACCACAUAGAAAUUCACAUAAAAAAACAAAAAACAUGAUUCCGGUACCAUGUUUCUGGUAUGGUAAUGUUGUGACAUUAUCUCCCUUUCUUUUGUGAAUCCUUGAUUUUAUUUAUCUGCAUUUGACAAAGCAUGACAAUGUUUGGGUUUUUGUAGAAAACAAUAAAUAUAUCUAGCUUUGUGUAUUCAA